AUGGCAGGCGCUCCAGCGGGCAACAGGAGGUCACCAGCGAGGUCGCCAGCAGCUCCAAUUCCCCGGGGUCCCAACGCACCUUCAGGAAAACCCGACAGCAGGCAGGUCGCGGGCUCUAGCUGUUUUCCCGCGAUACCCGGGCGGUCGGCAGCGACUUCCGGCGCCCUCGGCCGCAGCCCAGGAUCCUUUGCGCCUUGCGGUAGCCCGGGGCCGCCCGGGGCUGCCCAGGGCUGCGGGCUCCAGGUACCCAGAGCCCUGCGACCACAUGAAAGGCCCGGCGUUCAGCACCCGCCAACCACCGCCAGCUGGUUUCUAACUACACCGCCGGGGCCUCCAUGCUUCUCAGGGACCAGCCUUCGAAGUGCCGCCUUACACCCGGGGCCUGCCCACCGGGCGGGCGCGGAUGGAGCUCCUGGUCCACAUUGGGGAGCUCACAGUUGUUCCUGCCAGAUGAGGAAAAUGAAGCCCAGAAAAAUUGAGAUCACCCAGGGACAGAGCCUGGAUUUGAACUUAGGUCAAGCCCACUACAGAGAGUACACAUGCUUCACCACCACGCUGUAACCUUCCCACUUGGGACUGUUUGAGCCCACUAAACAAGUCCCUUUAGAGAAACUCAACUCUAAGACAGCUCUUAGAACUACCUCAAAGAAGUUCCUUUUGGCAAGAAGAUAGAAAGCCUGGAUGGGACUGGGAUUGUCUGAUUUCCAAGGCCCCUUCAGAGGAUCAAAAAGUGGUGCCAGAAACCUUCACAGUUUCAGUCUUGUGUUUCCCUGCCUGGCUCGAAACUGCUCAGCAAAGAGAAUGAGAAAAACUAUUUUCCCAGGGAAACACUCACCUCUAGCUUGAGACUGGGGCUUGCCUUGACACGCCAAAGUAAGAUCGUCAGCCCAUUCAUUUACCCUUACAAAUUGCUCUGUGAAUCCCGGUGCCGGGCUCCCCGCUCUUCCCCCUCCAGGAAACCCCAUCCAGCCUCCACGCCCCGAGAGCGGCAGGUAUCCACCGAUGUUUACUCACUCAAGUUCAUUCGACAUCUUCCUGCUCCCAGGCUCCGACGAUCAGCACUGAGGCUCUGCUGACCGCUUGUCUCUAAUUCUUGCCUGACACAGACAUUCUCUGCCCAGGGAAGUGUUUGAUUUAUGUUGAGGUUUGGGUGUCGAGAUUUUGCUGACAGGUAGGUUCCCAGCAGCGCUGGCGCCGAUUGGCUACAGGUACAGGUGCCCGCGACUGGAGGUAUACCUCAACAGGUGCAGCUGUUAACUCUUAGCCCGCCGAGGAGGGCGGAGCUAUGGGGGACUGGCUGGGUGGAGCUGGCCAAUUCCUUCCUUGGUGAGGGGGUGGGGGGUGGAGAUGAGGGAGGAGGGAUGAAGAAAAAAAUGUUGGAAAGAAGCAAGAUAACUAGAGGAAAAGUACAGGGACAAACAGAUAACUUGGCUUAAAGGAAAACUUGAUUCCUGUUUCUAGCCGUCCCAGAUACCCAGAAACAUCCCCACCCGCACGUUUCUUUGCCCCCUCCUUCUGUACCACUGGGGAAUUCUCAAAGGCGAGAGCAACUUUUCCCAGGUACAUCUUUGUAUAAGUUCCCUUUUUUUCGGUUUCCCCUUUAAGAUAAUACUUAUAAAUAAUCUUUUACAGUUACUCAAGUGACUUCUUUUGGUUCUUAGAGUAACCCACUGUGAUAGAUUUAUUAUCACUUCCCCCUUCCUCUUCAACACACAUUUUACAGAUGAGGGAGGAAAUGGAGACCAGAGAGGCAAAGUGCCUUGCCCAAGGGCACAGCUAGCAAGGUCCCAGCCCAGAUCCAAUCUGCGGUCAUCUCACUCCAAGUCUGGCUGCCCCUUGGGCUGAAGUCAGUGGCCUCAAUUCAGCAGACAUCCAUUGAGUACCUGUUGUGUGCCAGACCUACUCUGGGUUCUGGAGAAACUGAGGCCAGAAAAACAGGGUUACUGUUCUAGAGGAGUUUACAAGAGUUAAACAAGGGUUUAUCUGGGGAUGAUGUGUGUUGGUGGCAGGGGGUGGGGGAGUAAAGGAGACCAGGCUUUUAUUGGGUGUGAAGGGGGUGUGGGCAAGCCACAUAUCUCUGCUUAGCACAGAAGGGAUAGAAAAGUUGAAGGUGCCUCCGAAGCCUCAGCCAGCUGGUCAUUUCACAGGCGCCAAGUACUUCGUUCUGUAUGGGGAACUUGGGAGAAAUUCAAUGCCUGAUAGAUGAAGUAAUUGUGGAGUAAUUGCUGUGAGCUGUCUUCUAUGAAGAACAAGCUUGGUAAACCCCAGAAUAUCCACAAACACAAACAGGAGAAUGUUAGAGCUUUUUAAAGAGCUUCUUCCAGGAUUAGUUUGAAAUUAAAUCUAAGCCAGAGAUCUUGGCAUCUUUGUUUCCCUCUCUCUCUCUUUCAAUUCUCCCCUCCCCCACCCUUCCCUUUUUGGCAAAUUAUCUCUUUGCUGUAUCUUCCUGGGAACCUCGACUUGGCCCACUCCUCUCUCUCUCUUCUCUGGGAACGGCAAAUGAGGUUUCAGCUACUCCUGCCAAUUUAUGGAGGUUUUUCAGGGUAAAGUCGGAAUUCAAAGGAGCCCUCUUGGGGUGGGGUCAGGGCUCUGGAGAGGGGGUACUGGGUUUGAGAACUCUGGGAGGUUGGUUUCUCCCUGGAGGCUGUGUUGGGGGAAGCCCAGGGGACCCUAAUAAAUAAUAGUAAAUAAUUGCUAAUAAAGCCACCUCCUCAGAACAGCUCUCUUCAGUCACCCUUGUAAAUAAAGUAGACAUUCAAUCACUCUGGAUCACACUACUGUUUGUUCUCUGCAGAGCCCUUAUGACUUAUGAUAUAAUGUAAUAUGACCUAUGAUAUUUUUCUAAUUGUUUAUUGUCUUUCUUCCCUUCCUCUGGAAUGUAAACUCCGUAAGAGCAAAGACUUUGUUUCGCUCACUGUGGAAUCUCCAGUGUCUAGCACCUAGUAGGUGCUUCAUAUACCACAGGCACCGGGCAUUGUGCUAAGCCUUUGCAUGCAUUGUCUCACCUAAUCCUUACAGCAACCCUGGGAGAAAGACACUUUUGAUAUCUCCAUUUUAUAGAUGAGGAAACUGCGGUACAGAAUACUGAAGUAAACUACUCAAGCUGCAGAGCUAGGCGGUGGUAAAGCUAGAGCUGGGAUUUAAUCCGAGAGCAGAGCCUGGGUACCCAACCACUUCACAGAGGUUAUUGGUGGCCGAAGGGCUAUUUGGUGCCAACUGUAACUGCAAAACUUGUUGCAGUCCAAAGGAUGGCACACUCCUCUGUAUGUACCUGUCUGCCCACCUCUUGGAAGGCUGUGGAGUUUCUGUCAGCCGUGUUGCAACCCACAGGUGAAGGGCUGUGGGGUGACUCAUGCUGGCUGGGCUCAGGGGAGGCUGGGAUUCCAGGUGGCGUGUCUGUGCUCGCUAGGCUUUUAAAAAUGGUUCCUCUCCCUCUGCCUCUAGGUCUUGCCUCUUUCAUCAACUGUACCCAUCUUCAGAGAUCAGCAGAGACCCAAAUCACAGGGCAGAGGGUUUCUAUGUCUCCACACACAGGAAGGCCACAGAAGUAUCCUGGAUGGGAUAGAAGGACUGGUGGUCUGGGCUAGGUAGGCAGGGAUGCCAUGAGCCAGUUUGUAAGGUCACCAGACCCCUCAAUAGGAGUUACACCUCCCGGGCAGGAGGUACAAGUGCUGUUCCAGGCCUUCAUCCCAACAACCCAGAGAUGCCAGGCCUUUAAAGAGAUGCCCCCAUGCUUUGUUGCUGCCCCCUUCCUGCUCCCGUGGGGCUAAGCAAGGCUGGCACCUACUUCCCCUUCAUGGAUCAGCACAGCUCUUGGUUCCUCUGCAGAGGAGAUUUAAAACAGAACAGCUAUUCCAAAAACAAAACAACAAAAUAAAGUUUAAAAAAACAUAAACAGAGACCAGCCGAUUACAUGUAACAUAAUAAUUAUAUCCACAAUAACGACAGUAAAUAAUGAGGGCUGCUGUUUAGUUAGCGUUUGUAUUUUGCAAGCACUGUGCUAAGACUUACCUAUGUGAUAAGAUAGUAUUGUUCUGAGACUCACAGGCCUCCUUUCAAAUCUCAGCCCAACCACCUACUAGCUACAUGAUGUCAGGCAAGUGGCUAUAGCUCUUUGAGCCUCAGUUUCCUCACCUGUAAAGUGUAUAUAAAAACUGUAUUCCCCCCUUAUGGGGUUAUUGUGAGGAGAAAAUGAGAUAAUGCGUGUGAAGCACAUUAUCUGUACCUGGCAUCUAGCACUCAAUACUUGUUAGAAAAGCCUUUUUUUUUUCUUAUUUCUCAUUUAAAUCUAACGAGGACGGUAUUAACCUUAUUUCACAAGUGAAGAAACUGAGACUCAGAGGUUAAAUGAUUUGUUGGAAGUCAAAAGUUAGCUGGGUGCAGUGGCUCAUGCCAAUAAUUCCAGCACUUUAGGAGGCAGGCAGAUCACUUGAGAUC